GAAGAAGUGAUGUCACUUUUGGAUGAAAGUGAUGAAAAUAGAGUUUGUAUGUUGGGAAUUUAUGGAAUUGGUGGGAUUGGCAAAACAACCCUAGCAAAAGCUGUCUAUAAUUCAAUCUUCUACAAUUUUGAAGGUGCUUGUUUUUUGUUUGAUGUUCGAGAAAUAUCAAAGAAAUAUCAAGGUGUUGUUAGCCUUCAACGAACACUACUAUCAGAAAUUCUAGAUGAAAACAAGAUUAAGUUUUGUAGUGUUGACGAAGGAAUAUCAAAAAUAAAACAUCGGCUCUCUCGCAAAAAGAUUCUAUUGGUUCUUGAUGACGUUGAAGAAGUUGAACAGUUAGAACAACUUGCAGGAGGAUGUGAUUGGUUUGGUGGUGGAAGCAAGAUCAUUAUAACAACAAGAAACAAGCAAUUACUAAUUGCAUGCAAUAUUACAAAGACAUAUGAAAUGAAGGAGUUAAAUGAGCGUUACUCUCUUGAGCUUUUUUGUUGGCAUGCAUUUCGAAAGAGCCAACCUCCAAAAGUAUACAAAAGUAUGUCCAUUGGUAUUACACAUUAUGUACGUGGCCUUCCUUUGGCUUUAAAGUUGAUAGGCUCCAAUUUGGCACACAAAGACUUAGAGGAAUGGAGAUAUACAUUGACACAAUAUUAUAAAAUCUCAAGAACAACAAUAUAUGAGAUAUUGAAAGUAAGCUAUGAUUGCUUACAAGAUGAUGCUAAGCGUGUUUUCUUGGACAUUGCUUGUUUCUUUAAAACGGAGACAUUGGAAUUGGUUGAAGAAAUACUAGGAGCUUGUUACUAUGGGACAAGGUUUUAUAUUGAGGUUCUUGUUGAUAAAUCUUUGAUAACUAUUGCUGAUAAUGGUCUCUUGCUGAUGCAUGAUCUAAUACAACAAAUGGGUAAAAAGAUUGUUGAGCAAGAGGCACCCUCAAAUCCUGGUAGACGUAGCAGGUUAUGGUAUUACAAAGAUGUUCUUAAUGUGCUGCGUAAAAAUUUAGGAGAAAAUGAUAUUGAAGGAAUAAUACUUGAUCCACCUGAACAAGAAGAAGUGAAGUGGAAUGGUUUAGCCUUUGAGAAAAUGGAUAAUCUUCGCAUUCUCAUUGUUCGAAAUACCCACUUUUUAACCGGUCCCAGGUAUCGCCCCAACAGUUUGAGAUUGCUUGAUUGGGAGGGAUAUCCUUCUAUGACUUUACCGCCGGAUUUUUCUCCUCCAAAACUAGUUUGCUUCAAGUUAUGUAGAAGUCUUUUCAGAUUUGAAGCGCCAUUCCAGAAGUUUGAAUAUGUGACACAUAUGAAUUUCUCGCGGUGUGAAUUUAUAACAGAAGUACCUGAUAUGUCUCAUUUUCAAAACUUAAAAACAUUAAGCUUUCGCGAAUGUCGCAAUUUGAUCAAAGUUCAUGAUUCAGUGGGAUUUCUUUGCAAGCUAAUCAAAUUAGACGUUGGUAAAUGUACCCAACUUAAAAGCUUUCCAAGUGAAAUCAACAUGCCAUCUCUUGAGAUGCUCGUUCUUACUGAUUGCAAGAGUCUUGACUACUUCCCAAAUAUAGUUGGAAAUACGGAUGCACUUGGAAGUAUUUUUGCAGAUGGUAGCGCUAUGAAAGAGCUUCCAAAUAGCUUAUUCACGCUACAAAAUCUUAGCUUACUUAUGCUGGGAGGCCUUCGAUCUCAUGGUAGAAAAUCUUUGAAGAAACUACUGCAAGAGAGCCAACCAUUUGUCAGUUGCACUAACCUAGAGUGCUUGGAUCUCGGAAACUGCGGCCUAUUGGAUGAAGAUGUUUACCAUACUCUGAAAUGUUUUCAGAAUCUGCAAGACUUGGAUCUAUCAGGAAAUCAUUUUGCAUCACUUGCUGAGUGCAUUAAAGAGUGCGAUGAUCUAAUGAUGCUUGAAAUAAAUAAUUGUAAGAGACUAAGAGACAUACCAGAGUUGCCAUCGGGGUUGCGCCACAUAAAGGCAGAGAAUUGCGCAGCAUUAACAACCGAGUCAAUAAGCCGUUUAUGGUUUCAGGCAAAAACCUUCUUUACUAUGCCAGCAACAACAUUUCCUGAUUGGUUCGACUACUGCUGUGAAGGAGACACAUUGUCUCUUGGUGUUCGUGGGAAAAAUUUCCCUGCUCUUGUCAUUGCAAUUGAAUCGGGCAAAGCUAAGGCAAAAAGGAGUCGUCUCACCUUCCAAGCUUUUAUCAGAAUUAAUGACCGUAAAAUGUCAUGGACAAAUCACGAUGUUCCUUAUGCUCUUGGUCAAAGUAGAGAAUGUGAUGCGUUGGUUUUCUUUGGUAAGCAAGGUCAAGUGAUUUCAUUUGAUUUACUCCAGAAUUAUUUUGAUGAAGAAGAAUUGGAGGAGCUUAGUAAGUUUCUAGAAUUGGGUUGGAAUUAUGUGGAUAUACAAGUUAUGUGUGACUCGCCAAAUAUCUCCAUAAUUAAGAGUGGAGUUUAUGUUGAUAAGCAGCAAACAAGCAUGGAGAAUAUUCGUUUUGUGUCUCCCAGGGCUUUCAUGAAUAAUGCUUCAAGAACUUCACUGAAACGAAAAGUCAUAAGUUCCCCUCUUAAUGAACCAGCGAAGAAGCUCUUGAGACAUUUUAAGGCUACAGAUAAAGGAAAACUCGAUAACACCAAGAAAGGGACCAAUGAGCCUCUAUUUUCUUCUGCAACCACGGCCAUUCGAAUGGCAGCACCAUCAUCGGCUGUCUUCGCCGGCAAAUCCAAGUACAGAUAUGACGUUUUCCUCAGUGUCAGAGGCGAAGAUACUCGCCACUCCUUCACUGUUCAUCUCUACGAUGCUCUGCGUCGGAAGGGAAUCAACGCCUUCAUUGACGACAAGAAGCUUGGGAAAGGGGAGCGGAUCUCACCUACGCUUCUUAUGGCCAUUGAGAAAUCCAGAAUCGCGAUUAUUGUGUUCUCUAGGAAUUAUGCAACUUUCACAUGGUGCCUCAAUGAACUCGCCCGCAUCAUUCGGUGUAAGAAGGAGAAGAACCAACUGGUUAUGCCCGUAUUUUACAAUGUGAAUCCGAUGGAUGUUCAAUAUCAGAGUAACAGCUUUGGAGAUGCCAUGGCUGCUCUGGAAGAUAGGUUCACAGAUGACUUAAAGAAAGUGCGAAAAUGGAGAUCUGCUUUGUCUGAAGCUGCUAGUUUGCCAUCAGCAUGGCUUUUGGGAGAUGGGUGGGCUUCUUUAUAG